UUUUCCACGUCUCCCCGUCUUUCCCAAUUCUAUUUCUCUUCGUAAUUUGUAAAGCACACAGCAGGCAAACGAGAGGGAAAUAGAGGGAGCCAAAAAAAAAAAAAACCUCGAAAAUACCCCAACAGUCGCAGCGAUUCUCGCUUCGUCUUCCUCGAUACGACACUUUCUGAUUUUUGUUGGCUGCUUUUCUUGCUAUGGCUUCCACUGUGACUGCCUCUUCUGGUCCCCGUUAUGCUCCACCUGAUCCCACUCUACCCAAACCAUGGAAAGGCCUAGUUGAUGGUAAAACUGGUUAUCUUUACUUUUGGAAUCCUGUAACAAAUGUCACACAAUAUGAAAGGCCUACAAGUGGUGAUUCUGUCCCAAAACCUUCUGUUACACCUGUAAGUUCUUCAGUUCAAGUUCAACAGUCUUCUGAAGGAUGUCAUGGUUAUAAUCUUGGCAAGGAAAAUGAUCGGGAUGAAAUGGACAGUGAAGCCAUAUCAAACCAGAAUGCUAGAAGUGGACCAGUUCAUUCCCAUAAUACACCUAAUGUGACUUCCAGCUCUGUAAUUGGAGGACCUUCUGCAAAGGGGCAAGGAUCCGUGACUGGUGGAAGAAAUUUGUCUGGUGAUGCUUAUCGCCGUCAGCAUGAGAUAACAGUAACCGGAGAUGAAGUGCCCAUGCCUUUUUCAUCAUUUGAAUCUACUGGAUUACCUUCUGAGAUACUUAGAGAGGUACACAAUGCUGGAUUUUCUGCUCCAACUCCAAUUCAGGCUCAAUCAUGGCCAAUUGCUUUGCAAGGAAGAGACAUAGUGGCCAUUGCAAAAACUGGUUCCGGGAAAACAUUGGGUUACCUUAUGCCUGGAUUUAUGCAUAUCAAGCAGUAUCGUAAGAAUCCUCAAAUGGGUCCAACUGUGUUGGUAUUAUCACCUACCAGGGAGCUGGCUACUCAGAUACAAGAUGAAGCUCACAAGUUUGGCAAUUCGUCAAGAAUUAGUUGCACAUGUUUGUAUGGAGGGGCACCCAAAGGUCCUCAGUUGAGAGAGGUUGAGAAAGGAAUUGAUAUUGUGGUUGCUACUCCUGGCCGGUUAAAUGAUAUUCUCGAGAUGCGGAAAAUCAGCCUCCAACAAGUUUCUUACCUGGUGUUAGAUGAGGCUGAUCGCAUGUUAGACAUGGGUUUUGAACCUCAGAUACGGAAGAUUGUGAAAGAAGUGCCAACCCGCAGGCAGACGCUCAUGUACACAGCAACAUGGCCAAAGGAAGUUCGGAAAAUUGCGGCAGACCUACUGGUAAAUCCUGUUCAGGUCAACAUUGGCAAUAUUGAUGAACUUGUGGCAAACAAGUCUAUUACGCAGCAUGUCGAAGUAUUAUCACCAAUGGUAAAACACAAAAGACUUGAGCAGAUACUACGCUCCCAAGAACCAGGAUCCAAGAUAAUUAUUUUUUGUUCAACCAAGAGGAUGUGUGAUCAACUUGCUCGCAACCUCAGUCGGUUUGGAGCUGCUGCUAUCCAUGGUGACAAAUCUCAGGCUGACAGGGACUAUGUGCUUGGUCAGUUCCGAUCUGGGAGGACACCAGUGCUUGUUGCAACUGAUGUAGCUGCUCGGGGACUGGAUGUAAAGGACAUCAGGUGGGGGUUGGAAUUUCUGCUGCAUGGUUCCAUGGCUUUAUGCUUCUAUAGCUCUAGGAAGCCAAAGCUGAUAAAUUCAGGAAACACUUGGGUGGUAAUCAACUAUGACUUCCCUACUGGAAUUGAGGAUUAUGUUCAUAGGAUUGGGAGGACUGGAAGGGCAGGUGCAACUGGAUUGGCGUUUACAUUCUUUGGUGACCAGGAUUCAAAGCAUGCUUCAGAUCUCAUCAAAAUUCUAGAGGGAGCAAACCAGAAGGUGCCUGCAGAACUUCAUGAAAUGGCUUCACGUGGUGGUGGCAUGGGAAGGCCUAGACGUUGGGCUCCAAGUUCUGGUGGCCAUGAUGGAGGAUGUGGUGGAUGCACUGAUUCAGGUUGUGGUGGUAGGGAUGGUGGAAGGGGUGGUCGAGGAACUUCUACAUUCUCUAGUUGGCAUGAAAGAAGUGGAGGGCAUGGGUAUGGUCACGAGUCUGGUGACAGGAAUGAUGGUGGUUUCCAUGAUGGUUAUGAUAAGGGACAAAAUCGCAGCCGGAGUCGUAGCCCUGACAGGUUUGAUAGUGGUUCAGGACGUGAACGUUCCCCAGUGCUCAGUUUUCAUGAGAUGAUGAUGAAACGUGAUCGGUCAUCCGCAGGUGAUCACUAAUUUCAUUUGACCUCAAAAUUGAGGUGAUUUUGGUAUUUUUUUACAAGGACUUCAGAUGCUCUCUUACGUAUCUGUUUUUGUGCAUGUUAUAUAUGCAAGUAAUCCCCGGGUAUGGGGCUGUGUGCAGCAGUGAAGCAAUGAAGUUUCAGAAACUGGGCUUACAAUGAAAAUCUUUUGGUUUUCGGUUAGAUUUUAUAGGCUAUUAGUUGGCUCAACUUGGAAAUUAUAAGAAUGUUUUAGGUGGGACUAGAAGAUAAGAAGUUGAAAAUGCAAUAGUAACGGGAGGAAGAAUAUCAGAUGGUUUUUGUUAUUUAUUUAUCAGGAAAUGUUGAAGGAUGGAUAUACACGAUUGCAUUGUAAAGUUUACAUGCUAAUUUCAAUCAAAUGCGCUGCCAGCUUAGCUUUG